AUGGCGACUUCCUCGCCCCAAACUCAGGAACCCGGACUUCCAGAUGCCACCGAGUCUCUAGAUGGCGAUCUGACGACCUGGGAGGCUGACUCUGCAAGUCGUAUGCCUGUUCAAGCACUAGACGCAGCCCGCGAGGCAGCUGAGGAUAUUACACCCGUGCCAACGGAAGAGGACGCUCCAGAGUUGGCUGCCACACUGCCACCGAGUGCUCAAGCCGUGGAAGCUACCGCGCCCGAAGCCUCACCAAGCGUGGAAGCACCUGCACAACCGAAAGCAACAAACCAUCCUAGACUGUUUGGAAGGCCCAUUGGGCCGGCUAGCUUGAGCCGUGCGACACUUGAGCAGGUCAUUGACAAGUAUACAUCGCGUCGGAUGAUCGUGAUCAUUCCCAUGCUGGUGCUUGCUGUCGUCUACCUGUCCUUGGAGCUAGGUCGCUUAUAUCACGACCUUGGCCGCACGGUUCUCUUUGGCGUCGCAGCAUCGGCCAUGUACUCUUUACUGCGUAGCGUGCAACCCGAUGCCAGCGCAUCAUCCGUGGGGCAACGAUCAACAGCCUUUUCCCGGCCUCUCUACUUUAUUGCCUUGAGUUCAACGGCCCUGAUCUUGGACGCACAUGCUGGCGGGCAGCUCAGUGACCGUGACUUUUAUGGUAUCGCAGUGCAUGAUCCUCAACUGAUUGGACUAGUGCGCGACUUUGUGCUUGUGUGCAUUCUCGCCAGCCCUGCCAUGUUUCUCUUUGGCGUUCUCCCCAUCUGGAGCACGGCGCUGCACCACCUAUGUGAGCAGCUCGAGCUCCAUGUUUUUGGCGGAACGGGCACCAUUAACCUAGCCGCGGCCGCGUCUCGCGUGCUUCUCUCUUCUGUGGCCGUGGGUGUUUCGUGGGCAUCAUUUUAUGGUGCGGCAGUGAUGGCUGAUGCCGACAGCACCAUGACUCGGCAAGCUGUCUUUGCUUUGGCGUGUGGUGUUGCCGUUGGUACUUCCUUUUGGCUCGGUCGGUUACAGUCUGACGGCCUUCUGCUUUUCUUUGAGCGUGCUGCUUCUCGAGGCAAGACUCGCUCACCAAGCAAUGCCAACAGCACAAUGUCUGAAACCAUUGAGCCUGGGUCUACCCUGCUAGCGGCCACGACAACGACCAACACCACCGCUCUUGAUAGCACCAGCGAGGGUGCCCCUUUCGAUGUGCCCCGCAGCGUCGAUCCUCAUGUCGAGCCGGAUGCAGACCGUGCUCCGGGCGUAGCAGAAAGCAACACGCCGAGCUUUAUGAGCACCUUCGAGAACUCGCAGAGGCGACUUUUUCAGCGCCGCGCCGCGUGGGACGCUUUGUGCGCCACAGCGCAGCUGCUCAUUUGGCUGCUCAUUGUGCUUACGGGCUUGUUUGCGGCAGCACAACCCCACCUGCGCCAUUCGGCCACUGCCGUUUGCUGUGGUGUGAGUUUCCUUCUUUACUACGUGCUGCAUCAGCUCCGAGCCGCUUUUCCGUUUGGAUUCCGAAAACAGCCGCUCCUGACCAACCGUGAGGCUGGCACAAUUCUCAAUCCCAAGCGCCCUGUCGCGUCCUGGGUUGAGCAGCUUGAGUUUUGGCUAAACCGCAGCUUGCUGCACGUGCUGCUGCCGCUGGCCAUCUUGGCCUUUAUCAACGACUCAGCUGAAGUUCUUGUUGAUCGAUGGGGUACCCCCGUGGGCAGCCUUUUGCUGGCCCUGGGCGGGCACAAGGCUCUGCGUCUGCGCAGCGGCGACCUGUCCCUGGUAUAUGUUGCCAUGGCUGCAGUUGAGCUGGCGAGUGCGUAUGACGUAUCACUAUCGGAGACGCCUGUUGUGGAUCUCUUUGUCGUGCAUUUUCUGCUUGCCAAGGGCUACGAGUGGCUCUUGAAGUUGCGAUUCCUUCUGACCUACAAUGGAGUGUACCACAUGCACGAUGUCCUGGGAUCAGGCUUGCAUGCCUUUACCUGGCCUCUUGCCCUCCCUCAUCUCAUUGUCAUGGUGGUGCAGUCGGGCAUUGCGGCACUCGUGUCGGCGCCACUUUACCCUGUGAUGGGGUCGGCCAUCUUCCUGGUGUCCUACUUUCGCCCAAUCCGCUUUUGGGAAAAAGAUUACCGAACAUCUGCACUGGAGCAAGCCACCCUGCGCUAUGAUUCUCGCGGCCGAAUGUUGGACGUGCCUGCCAACGAGCUCAACGGCAUUUUUUACCAACACGUACUGCUCAAGCUUCGAUUGCAGCUUGCACGUGACAUCCAAGAGGGUCGUUGGGGUGUCGUGUCGGCCGGCGACGUUUUUCUCAUGUGUGACCUAGAUAAUCGCAUGACCAUCUUUGUGCAUAUCAUCGAGCGAGGUGAUGGAUUUGUGGCGUUUCAAAUUCGCGGCCUCGAAUUUGCUGGCACCUACUGCCAGUCGCGUGAGCUCGAGGCGCUGGACCGUGAUCCCAAUGACGACCGUGACCUGUGCCAGCGCUGCCGCCCGUGCACGCGGUUGCCGUGGCUCUCGUGCCGUGCCAUCUUGCGCCAACAAACCUACGCUUGGGAGGCCGUCUCCCCCAUGUACGUACUCAAGGGCUAUUCAAUCAGUUUGAAUCCAGCAAGCAGCAUGUUUGGGUCCUACGAGCUCUGCCGCGUACUCUUUGACAUGCUGUCGCGCGCAAUCGUGUACUACAUGGCCACAGAUGCCGAACUGACCUGUCGCCUCUUGGCCUCACCUGAGGUGCAGGCGGUCCUCAAAGAGUAUCACCCAGAUUUCGUCAACUGGGACCCGCUGUUCGUGAUACAGUAUCACGAAGACUAUGACGCACGCAAGCGUGGUAUGAGUCUGCAGCGUUUCUACGAACACUACGGUGAUUGGCUGAAGCAUUGCCUAGAGCAGGCGCGCACGGACGCGGCUGAUGAUGUGAGCGUAUUAGAUUCGGCGGAGUCGGCCGCCACGUUGACCAUUGAACACGAUACGGUUCGCCUGUGUUUUGCUUUGUCACUCCUGGCUCGGCGGACAAUGCUGCGCAAGAUGCAGCAACUACGCGCCCAGUCGGAUGCCUUUUUGCAUGGCUACCACGCUCUGUUUUCCGGACUUUUAAAGCCGUCGGGUGUUCAAGACCGUUGGUUGGAGCUGGCUGUGCCUGAGGCUGUGCCACGGCUUGUGUAUCGCAGUGCGCGGAUGGCGCUGCGUUUACACCAAGACCACUUUUUGGACCCAGCUGAAUAUGAAGACAUGACCACGCUGUUUGAGUCAAUCCAGGAUUACGAUGAUCGCAAGAGCAUGAUGCGAACAGUCAUUUGCAACGAAGCUGAUCGCUCGUGGCGCCACUCAGUCAUGUCUGACUUUCCGUCGCUCUUAUCGCUGCGCUAUAACCUGGACGACUCCUCCUACAACCGCGAGUUCUUCAUUGUGUCUUUGACGGGGCGUUAUCGGAGCUACAAGCUGUUCAAGGUCAAUCGCGAGUGCGUGCGUGGCCUCUGGGCGGCACAGCAGCAGGAGGUGCUCUUCCUGCGCAACCCUGCCCUCGAGCGCGGCUCGAUUCAAAACUGCAUCUGUGUGUUGCGCAAUAUGAUCUCGCAAUCAAAUGAUCAACCCGUGGGCUACCCCAUCUUUGUCAGCCCAAUCGUGACCAGCUACACGCAGAAGCCCGAUCUACCAGACCCCGUCGCUUGGUUUGUGCAGACGGCGCGGUGGCUUCAGCAGCGCUUUGCAGCCAUGUUCGCUUUUGGCAGUGGUGGUGGGGAUCUCGGUGGACCGAGCAUCGGUUCAAGAGCCAGCGACCAUCGGCCUGCACGCCCACAUCAAAGCAGUGUUCAAGAGACUGCCACGACCAUGGGACCAGAGCAAACAACUUCUCACAAUGGUCCUCACCACGAGGGCCGCACAUCCGAGGCUGACUCUGAGGUGCUGUUCCAGGAGGCGGCCUCUGACCAAGAGACUGAAAUCGAGACGGUGAUUGAUGUAGCCAUGACAGAGCAGCUGCAGUCCUCGACAAUGACCCACUUGGACAUUGACAUGGUUGACGAUGCCGUGGACGUGUAG